CCCCUUUCCUUUUUCCAUUGUCCUCUCUUUUAACCCCCUCGUGCUAGAGCGAGAAAUCUUAGAGAGAGAGUGAGACGUCGGCAGUUUUUUAUCGGAUUCUUUUGCUGAUAAUCAGAGAGAGAGAGAGUGUGUGUGUACUCCCCAGUCUCCACUGCCAAAAAAAAAGGACUUUGGUUUUUAUUGAGCUGGGGGUGCGUAGGAUAAGCUUUCAGAUAGAUAGAGAGAGAGAGAGAGAGAGAGAGAGAGUGAUGUGAGAGAGCGUAGUUGGCUAUGGUGGGGAAGUGGAAUGAACUCUGAAUCUACAGAGCUGAGAUAGUGUAUAUUGUUGGGCUGUGGGUUUUCUUUAAAUUUGUGUUGAUCUAUAAUGGGUGCUGCGCAUUUUAGCGGUGUGCGGUCGAGAAGAGGAAGAGUUGCGGCGGUUUUCUUUUUCUGGGGUCUGAUCUCGCUAUCUUGCGCCGGGAGGUUGCCUGCUUCAAGGCAGAAGCUUGAGGUCCAGAAGCACUUGAAGCGCUUGAACAAACCUGCUCUUAAAACCAUCAAGAGUCCAGAUGGGGAUAUAAUCGAUUGUGUGCACAUCUCUAAUCAACCAGCUUUUGAUCACCCAUUCCUCAAAGACCACAAAAUACAGACGAGGCCAGGUUAUCACCCAGAAGGGCUUUAUGAUGAGAACAAGGUUUCUGCAGAGAACAAAGAAACUGUUAAGCCAAUUACUCAGCUUUGGCACAUGAAUGGUCAAUGCCCUGAGGAAACUAUACCCAUUAGAAGAACAAAGAAAGAUGAUGUGUUAAGAGCAAGCUCAGUGAAAAGGUAUGGAAAGAAGAAGCAAACAAGCAUCCCUGAGCCCAGGUCUGCCGAUCCUGACCUCAUCAACCAAAGUGGUCAUCAGCAUGCAAUAGCUUAUGUUGAAGGAGAUACGUAUUAUGGAGCAAAAGCAACCAUCAAUGUUUGGGAACCCAAAAUACAGCAGCCUAAUGAGUUCAGCUUGUCUCAGAUUUGGGUUUUGGGCGGUUCUUUUGGUGAAGAUCUCAACAGUAUUGAAGCUGGCUGGCAGGUCAGUCCAGAUCUUUAUGGCGAUAACAACACAAGAUUGUUCACUUAUUGGACUAGUGAUGCUUAUCAAGCCACAGGUUGCUAUAAUCUGCUCUGCUCAGGCUUUAUUCAAAUCAACAGUGAAAUAGCAAUGGGUGCAAGCAUCUCUCCAGUUUCUGCCUUUCGUAAUUCCCAAUAUGAUAUCAGUAUUCUUGUCUGGAAGGAUCCAAAAGAGGGGAAUUGGUGGAUGCAAUUUAGCAAUGGGUAUGUGCUGGGAUAUUGGCCUUCAUUCCUGUUCUCAUACUUGGCGGACAGUGCUUCCAUGAUUGAAUGGGGUGGUGAGAUAGUGAACUCAGCAUCUGAUGGCCGACACACCACAACUCAAAUGGGAAGUGGUCAUUUCCCUGAAGAAGGAUUUGGGAAGUCAAGUUAUUUCAGGAACAUUCAAGUAGUGGAUAGCUCCAACAAUCUCAAGUCUCCCAAAGGGAUGGGCACCUUCACUGAGCAAUCCAACUGUUACGAUGUCCAGACUGGUACUAAUGAUGAUUGGGGCCAUUACAUGUACUAUGGAGGCCCUGGUAGAAACCCUAACUGUGCAUGAGGAUAAAUAAAACUCUGGACCCCCCCCAACCCCCCCCACCCAUUUCAACCCCUUGUAUCAUUCAACAUUAGUCUGAUGUCCCCUCCCUCUUUUGUAUACCCUUUUUAUUUUUAUUUUUAUUUUUUUUCCUCUCUAGUUUUAUUAGCUAGGUUGUUUAAUUAGUACUACUACUAGUAGAUGUGGUAUUUUCUCUAGUGGGAAGUUUUGACUCCGUCCUUCACUUAAGGAAUUCUCCAUGCAAAUUGAUUGGGGAAGUGGCCAAGUUUCUCAAAAGCUUAAAAGAAACAGUGGCUUUCUGUCAUUUUCUUUGUAUUUUAUAUGUUUUGUUUGUUUGUGGAAACCUCGAGUGGGAGUGGUUUGUUAAUGGUGAAUCAGCUUCUGGACUUGUUCUUAGUCAAA